AUGGCUCCAUUACCAGCACACGGCGCUGCAGCCGGCAGACUCACCUUCUUCAUCAAUGCUUGGAUUACAGAAAUGGGCAUGGAGUCUAAUUUUCAGUCCUGGCUUGACUCUGGUUUCAAGGCACUGGACAACGACAAUGAAACCCGCAUUCCAGAUGCCGCAUUUGGGGCUACAAAUCCCCCAGCUGGGACCCCGAAAAGCCGACCAUCGUUCACGAUCGAAAUCGGCGACACACAAAGCCUCCCAGAUUUAGGCUACGAUGCCCAGUGGUGGCUCGACCCAACCAAGGGUGGUGCCUCGGUUUGCAUUACAUGUAAACUUGACCGGACCCCGAGACUGGUUAUUGAUGUCUGGGAACGUCAGACCACGGAAAGGGGCGACGAGGAAACGAAGAGGUCUCAACACAUCAUCAUUGCAAAGUCGGGGAAAGCUCCAGUCACCGUGCGAGGAGGACCAUUGCGCAUCAGUUUCAGACUUGUCUUUGGAGUAUCACCAACCGAUCCCCAAAAAGACUUAAAGAUCGAAGACGAUCGGUUGAAGACCGCGGCUCUGACGAUCUGGCAAGAGAUGGGACUUUCUCUUUAA